AUGACUAAGUUAACAAUACAUCGAUUAGCGGUAAUAUCAAUAUAUUUGUUGUCGAUUACGACAACUAUUUGCAACUGUCAGUCCUAUCCAACUAAGGGAGGUUCGGGCUCUGGAGCUUCGGGAGGUUAUUCAUCGGGAGGUGGCGGCUAUGGAAGCAAUGGUGGCGGCGGCGUCGGCAUUUCGAGUCCAGCAUCGGGAACCGUUCACAAGUUUACCGGCGGCUAUAUGGGUGGCGUCAUACCGGCGGCCAUCCAAACAAGUCAUCGAGUAGAGGUACGGCCCGUAGAUGUGGCGUCCGAACCCAUACAGCCGGCAACCAUACUGGUCGAUGCCGCUGCCAUACCCCUGAACAUACUGUUCCGGUCGGCUUCGAGUUCGCUGAAUGUUAUGCAACAGCAUACGGCCGGUCAGGUUGCCGAAGACCAAUACUCCAAAUCGGAGGACGAACCGCAUCGGCUCGUCCACGAAGUGUCCAAACCGAUCAUACAGGAAGUACGCGAAGUGAUUACACCGUACAGGAAUGUCAUACAAGAGAUACAGCCCGUCCAGGAAGAGAUCCAGACAAUUGUUGCCAGAGGUCAGCCCUUGUCCUCCUCCUCCACCACCACCACAACCAACACACAGACCAAGAGUACAGCCGUCGGUGACUCCGGUUAUGUCCAUCAGACACAACAACAGUCAUCAUUGUUUGGCGGCGGAACCACUUUUAGUGGAUCUUAUGGUACCAGUAGUAGUGGUGACCAUUCGUUUAGAGGUGGAUCUGGUGGUGGUUUGGGUGGCUAUAGUGGACAGUCAUAUACAAGUGGUUCGACUACUGGUGCUUCAAAUACUGGCUAUAAUAAUAAUAAUAAUAAUAAUGCAUUUAAAACAGGAUCUCAAUCUUCAAACAGUUUUACCUCAAAUUUUAAGCCAUUAUCAAACAUCAAUAAUAAUAAUAAUUACAAUAACCAGGGUCUAUCUGGAAGUAUUACCGGUUCCAGUUAUAUGCAUAAUAGCCAUAAUAAUAAUAAUAAUAAUAAUAAUAAUAAUGGUUUUACUAAAAGUAUCCAGGCUAAAGAGCCGUCUAGUCAUAAUAGUUUUACCAAUAAAAUGGGUAUACAAUCCAAUUGGUUGCCCAAUAGCCUGACUUCCCAACAACAACAACAAUCAUCAUACAAAUCGGGUGAUUCGGGUUCGCCAUACUUUACUAACAGUCCUAUCAGUCCUAUUCGCACAACAACAACACCGACAAUACCUACCAUUCCCUUAUCAAAACAGACACCACCACAACCAUCAAAAUCAUCCCAUAAUAAUCAACAUACAAAUAAUUGGUUAACAAAUUAUGACUCGUUUUCCAGUACAAGAACCGGCACCACCACUACCGCCAGCACUGGUAGUAAUCAUCAAAUCAAACCAAUUGGCAAUCGGUUUCCAUUGGCACCUGGAGUUCAGCUAAAUAAGGAAACAGUAGUACCAAAAAAAUUUACUAAUGAAAACAGUGUCACCUCCUCCUCAAUGGCCACCGUUUCCGAUGACAAUGAUUUUGAUGAUGAAGACGAUGACUGUUUCGCUAAUGAUGAUUGUGUCACCACUACUACUACUAGUACUACCACAACAACAACAACUGAUCCAUCAAUUAGUGACACAACAGAGACCACCGAUAGAUUGCAUGCGAUACAGAAAAAUCGGCAAAAGUUUAAGUUCGGCGCCAACUAUGGAUCAAAUUAUCGGAGAUCUUCGUCAUCAUCGGGAGUAAAGGGAGGACAACAACAACAACAACGAAAACGACAAAAAGAUGUACAAUCAAUUGUCGCAAUCAUUAUCAUCAUAUUGAACUAUAAUGGUGUAUAUUAUGGUAUAAGCUGUCAAUAUAUUAAUAGUAAUAUAGAUAAUAUUGUUGGACAACCAUCAAUUGGACAUCACCGCUAUACUGAUCCUAAUACUGGUGUAACCAAUAAUAAUAAUAAUAAUAAUAAUAAUGCUAUCAUCCAUAGAGACGACAAACCAUUAUCAUCACCAAUAAAACCUAUUGUAGUACCAGUUGGUACAUCCAGACACCAUCCUAUUGAUCGCCACAAUUUACCAUUGAAACUGAUAUUUGGUUCGCAUAUGAGUGCCGUAGAAGUUAUCGACAAACAAGACCAACGAUACGAUAGACUAGUAGAUCAAAGGUAUGCUCAUCGACAGGAAGAGCCAGAGAUCAGCUAUCAUAAAGUCGAGAGGCCUGUCCUCGAACAGGAUCUCUACCAAUCAAUGGAUAGUAGUAGUAGUAGUAGUGGUGGUGGUGGUGGUGAUACCGGUGCCGGUAGUGGUGAUAAUUAUCAUCAUCAGCAGCAACAACAACAACAACAGCAGCAGCACCGGGAGGACUGGUAUCCGGAUUAUACAAAUAGUGGUAACUAUGCUAACAAUGCCAAUAAUAAUAAUAAUAAUAAUUUACAAUACGAUGAUGAUUAUCUACUUUAUAGAGAUUAG